CACUGGAGUGAUUGUGCCAAACAAUGGACAAGGGGGCUGGAAUCUCAGAGCCGAAGUACCUUCUGCUCUCAUCUGCUCCACCCAGGAGCAGGUGCACCCAGGUUGUGUCCUGGCUAUAAAUCUGGCCCCCUGGGGCCACAGCACGAGGGGCUGGAGGGCAGGCAAGGGGAUGAAGGUGUUCCUGCUCAGCGCAAUCCUGGCCCUGCUCUGGGUGCCCACAGCUCAGGCUGAGGUUCUGCUGCAGCCUGACUUCAAUGCCACAAAGUUCUCAGGCCUCUGGUAUGUGGUCUCCAUGGCAUCCGACUGCAAAGUCUUCCUGGGCAACAAGAACCACCUGCCCAUGUCCACCAGGGCCAUCAAGGCCACAGAGGAGGGUGGCCUCCACGUCUGCAUGGAGUUCCUGGGCUGGCUAUGUACCCCCGGGGCGGAUGGCUGUAACCAGGUAGAUGCCGACUACCUGAAAGUGGGCUCCGAGGGACACUUCAGAGUCCCGGCCUUGGGCUACCUGGACGUGCGCGUCGUGGACACAGACUACAGCUCCUUCGCCAUCGUCUACAUCUACAAGGAGCUGGAGGGAGCCCUCAGCACCAUGGUGCAGCUCUUCGGCCGGACCCAGGAUGUGAGUCUCCAGGCUCUGAAGGCCUUCCAGGACUUCUACCUGAUGCUGGGGCUUCCGGAUGACAUGGUGCUCAUGCUGCCCAAGUCAGACACGUGCAUCCCUGAGAGCAAGGAGAAGCCCUGAUGCCUCUGGACCCCACCCAGCCCUUCCCAGGGCCCAGGAGAGCAGACCACAGCCUUUGUGCCCAGUGCCAUCACAGAAGCCACAUUCGGGUGGGGUCUUGGGGAGACCUCCCCCUAAACCAGAUGCCAGAAGACCAUUGGGUCCCUCACCCAGGCUCACAGCCAAGACUUUGGGCAUAACCACACGUCACGAGUCUGAAGUGACAGUUACCAGACUCUGGAGCGCCACUGGCCCUUCCUGGCGUGGGUCCUCAUCCAGGCGACUCACCAUCCUGUUCAGCUUUGCACAGGAGGAGCCAGAGCCGCGGGCGCCAUCGCCCCUGGAGUGAGACCCACAGCCCUCGGGGACCGCUGUCCUCCGCCCCCCAUGGGAUGCCUCUUUCUAUUCAAUAAACAGAUGCUGCAGC